UAUGGAUGUUUGACGGCUGUAUUAUGGCAAUUCGUGUUUGAUAUCGUAAGUUUCGCUGGUAUAUGGUGAAAGAAUAUCGAGAAUAAUGAACUAUUUUCAAGGUUUUAUUAAAAACAAAUUGGAACCUAUUAAAGAACUUCUUCCGUCACUUGAACAACAGUGUGGAGGCUGUCUUCCAUUAGCGUUGACAUUUGAGGAAUCUGUGCAGAGAUGUGCUGAAAUUUGGAAUAAUGAAAAUAACUUUGUCUUGUCCCUCGUGACCGAUGAAUAUUCUGAUUUUUUCAAUGAGGAGGUUUUUGUAGAUGUUUGGGUUAUAAAGUCUUUAAAUGGAAACGAAAUUAUGAAAUCGUGGCGUGAGAAAAAUAGAUCCCCAGUAGACGGAACAAUUUCUAUAUAUUUGACACACGAAUUAAAAGAUCAUACUUACUUUCAUCUCAAUAAAGAUUUCAAUGAAAAAUGCGUUUUAUUGCGUAGAGUUACUCCAAUCCCACUGAAAAGAAUAACAAUUGGUGCAUUGAGUGUAGCAGCAUUCAAUUGGGCAAUUGAUAGUUUGGCUGAUUAUUUGAUCAAUAUUAUCAAUCAUCGUUUGAUAAUCAUCAAACAAAAUAGCAAUUUGGGUGAAGUAUUUGAGCAAAAUGAUAAGUUAUCAAUGUUAGUUGUUCUUGAUACAAUGCCAGUUAUGCAAGGACUUGUCAAUGAGGAAACUUCAUUGGUUAUUUCUGAUAUUCAUCGAGAUGACCUUGGAAAGAUGAAAUUGAAGCGACUAAAGUCAAUUCAAGGUGGGGGUCAUAUUCCUCGUUUGCCUAGCCUGAAGAUGCCUGUAGCCCAGAGAACACCUUUACAAGUACGUAUUGGCAAUGAUGACUUGGAUGAAAUUGAUGCACCAUUCAUUAAAAGUCACUCAAUGAAAAUUUUGACUACUGUCAAGGUAUCCCUUCUUGAAACACCAUGUUACAGUGAAAUUAUAUCAGGUUUUGAUCAGGUUGCUGAUACCGAUAAUCAGAUUUGGAUUAAAAGGGAUACAAUGGAAUGCAUGGGGUUAAAUCCUGGUACAUGGGUUUGUUGUAAUAUUGAUUGUGAAAUUAAACAAUCAAAAAAAAAGCUUGCUCAAGUAUUUCCUGUAGAUGAACAUCCGUCUUCUAAAUCUGUUUGGGAAAAUCCCCAGUGCAUUGUUGAUGAAGAUGAAAGGUUUCUCAGUAACACAGCUUAUGUAUCACCAGUUUUCUUUUUCAACUUGUGUCAUUGGCCAUGUAUAGAUGUGAAUUCAGUAUCUUUGUGCAUUGAAAGAGCUGAGAUUCGAGAAUCACCACCUAGCUUUGCAAGGGAAAUUUCCGUAUCUGUGGUUGUAUCACCUUUGACUAAAAUCAUCAGUAUGUAUGAUAUAAUAAUAAACAAGUAUUUUUCCACCCCUCGACUUGUGUCCGCAGGUGAUGUUCUUGCCAUAAACUGUGAUUGGAAGAAAUUGGAGCAACCAAAUACACAAGUUGCAUUGGAUGAUGGUUUACCAAGGAACCAUAUUCUUUACAUGAAAGUUCAAAAUGUUGUUGGGAGUGACGAGAGUUUGUCAUAUUUCAUUGAUUCAAGGCAUUCAAAAUGUUUCCAGAAUGAAGAUGUUGUUCAAAGUUUUGUUCCAUCAUCUGGAGAGCUCUUUGUAUCAAACUCUUCAAGGAGAGGGCAAAAGACAAAGAAAUCUUUUUGGUUAUCUUCAUAUCCUGGUGGUCUUGAAAGGCAUGUUUUUUGCCUGGAAAAUUCACUACGUUCACUGUUGGAGACAAGAUCCAACGUUGACGUGUAUCCAAUAUUGGUAAGUGGACCUGUUGGUGUAGGUAAAAGAACUGUUAUAAUGGCAGCAAGUCGAAGAUUGAACCUGCAAGUUGUUGAAAUGAAAUGUUAUGAGAUUUGUAGUGAUACCACUGCUGCAACUGAGGAAAUGAGGAACAUGUUUCACAAAGCAUUCUCUUGCGCCCCCUGUGUUCUCCUGAUGUCCAGUAUUCACGCUUUGGGUAAAACUAAGGACAAUCAAGAGAAAGAACCUCGCAUCAUCACAACAUUAAUGUUAAAUUUGCAAGAGAUCCAACGUGUCUCGCCACAGCCCGUCUUAGUCCUGGCAACUACUUCCAACCUACAAACUAUGACUUCGGAUCUUCGGUCUUGCUUCAUGGAUGAAUUUCAAAUCGAGGCUCCAUCGGAAAGCGAAAGAAUGGAAAUGUUAAAAGGCCUAUCUAUAGGCUAUCUUGUUGGUCCCGAUGUUUCAUUUAAGGCACUUGCUAGUCGCACUGCGGGAAUGGUUCUUGCUGACUUUUGCACAAUGUUUUCUGAAGCUGUUGUUAAGGCGCAAGAAGAUGUCAUGAAAUAUGUGAAGGAUCUAAAUCUGUUUCCUUCGGAAAGUCAUAAUUACAACUUGAAUCAUGACCUAGAAAUACAAAGAGACAUAUGUAGUGCUGGUUUAUUCCUCCACCAAAGUCAUUUUGACAAAGCUGUACAAGUGCUUCAGUCUGCGCAUGCGGACAGUAUUGGUGCUCCCAAAAUUCCCAAUGUGUGCUGGAAAGACAUUGGCGGACUGAGUAAUGUAAAACAGGAGAUUAUGGACACCAUUCAAUUGCCUUUUCAAUAUCCAGAAUUAUUUGUCGCCGGCAUGCAACGCUCAGGUAUUUUAUUAUAUGGUCCUCCUGGCACAGGGAAGACUUUAGUUGCCAAAGCCGUUGCAACUGAAUGCUCUCUUAAUUUUCUGAGUGUUAAAGGACCUGAACUAAUCAACAUGUACGUUGGUCAAAGUGAGGAGAACGUUAGAGAGAUUUUUGUAACUGCGUCACGAGCAGCUCCUUGUGUAAUCUUCUUCGAUGAGCUUGAUUCUCUUGCUCCAAAUCGCGGACGUAGUGGUGAUUCAGGAGGUGUUAUGGACAGAGUUGUGUCUCAGUUACUUGCUGAACUGGAUGGAUUAAAUAAAUCAUCUGACGUUUUUGUUAUUGGAGCCACAAACAGACCUGACUUGCUUGAUCCAGCUCUCCUUCGUCCUGGAAGAUUCGACAAACUGUUAUAUCUCGGCAUAUGCAAAGAAAAGGAAGACAAACUAAAGAUUAUGAAAGCAUUAACACGAAAGUUUGAUCUCCCAAAAGCAAUCAGUCUUGAUGAAAUUGUGGACAAAUGUCCCGCUAACUUAACUGGGGCCGAUUUUUACGCUUUGUGCUCUAAUGCUUUACUGAAUGCCAUCAGAAGGCAGAUACGGGAUCCUAAUGAAGACAAAACAAAAGCUAAAGUAACACAGGAAGAUUUUGAGAUGGCUGUAGAAACUUUAGUACCGUCUGUAUCGCCUGAAGAACUAAGGCAUUACGAAAACAUACAACGGGAAUUUAACAAAGACAAGUUGAAUGAGGCCGUUGCUGAGGUUGGGGAACUGGAACUAGACGGGAAACUUCACCCAAUUAUGGAGAUAGCUGCUGAUCUUGGGGAACUGGAACUAGACGGAAAACCGCAACCAGGAACUGAGACAGUUGUUAAGGUUGGAGAACUGAAACUAGACGGAAAACCUCAUCCAGAAACUGUCGUAUGAUAAUUUUUGGCGGCAAAUUAAAAUACAGCAGGUCGUUGAAAAAUUUGAAAAUCCUCCUUUAAUAACUGUUUUGCCUUUUACUUUUUAUAAUUUUUUUUGUGUGUUUUGAACGAGUUAAGAAAACAGGUACCAGUUUUAUUUUGCAUCAUUAUUACUAUAUUGUACUAUUCACUGUUAGCUUUAACAACAAGAAUGAUGAAAAGGUG